AUGGCAUCGGACCGUGGAGAGGUCGACACCUCCAGUGCCUUUCGGUCUGUCAAGGAGGCGGUCGCCGUGUUCGGGGAGCGCAUCCUUGUCAGGGAAGCCCAGUUCAGGCCAAAUGGUGGUGCGCAUGGCGGCCGUCGUGUUGGCAAGGAGGUGAACUCCAGGGUGAAUGCUGUCGCCAUUGCCGCCUCUGAUGUGAAGCCACCUAACCGGAGUGAUGGUGUCAUGGAAAACCACUCCAAGCCAAGUGUUGUCACCUACAAUGCCAAGAAAGAGUUGAGUAGUGGCAAUGGCAAUAGCAAGCCUGCUUCAAACCUACUCCCGGUGUCGAUGCCAAGGCCGCCGGUUGCAGAACAUAUGCCAAUGUACCUGGUUCCCUCCUCGCCGCCGUUCUUUGCGUCGUCUCCUUCACUGGCCAACGACGACGAUGACGAGCAGGAGCGCAAGACAGCUGACCUCAUCGUCAUGAGCUCCAUCAAGAAGCUGGAGGACGAGGCGGCCAGGACGAGGCAAGAGGUGUCGCAGCUCAAGAGGAGGCUGGCCGAGAUGGAGCUGUCCAUGGCGACCCUGAACGCGAAGCUCCACCGUGCGCUCUCCAAGGUGGCGCACAUGGAGGCUGACAACGCGGCGGCGGCGCGCGCCAGCAUCGAGAGAGGCGGCGGCCGCGGCGACAUGGCGCUGACGGUCUGGGCCGAGCGCCGCGCCCCCAGCGCCAGCAGGCCGCAGUUGGGCCACCUGCUGAGGCUCGGCGAGGCCGAUAGGGAGGCGGUGGUGGUGUCCGGCUCCGGUGGCGGCCGGGCAGUGGCGGCGCCGGCGAGGAGGAAGGUGCAGAAGCAGAAGCCGAUCGUGCCACUGGUUGUUCCGCUCAUUAAUGGCCUCCUCUUUUCCAAGAAGAGGAGGAUGAAGGACAAGGAGAGCGUGUACAUGAAGGAGCUUUACAGCUUGCUUAGGUUGAGUUGA